CAAACAGAUGCCUGGAACGUGCUGCAUCAGAAGGUUUCACUCUCAGAAUAACAAGUGAGUGAUGGACGCUGCAGAGAAGACCAGCAACGAGCAGCUCAUCACGGAGAAAAUAUCUUCCACAGACUCAUCCACAGAUGUCAGCGGAGAUGGGUCCAGCGAGCUACCAGAAUAUAACAGCCCCUCCACCGACCAGACGUACCUCAAUGAGAUGAUUACAGUCCCUGAUGUGGGAGGGCCUGGAUUUAGCUUCAGGAAGCUAUGGGCAUUUACAGGACCAGGAUACCUGAUGAGCAUCGCGUAUCUGGACCCAGGAAACAUCGAGUCAGACCUGCAAUCUGGGGCAGCAGCGGGCUACAAGCUCCUCUGGGUGCUCCUUUCUGCAACGGUGCUGGGUUUGCUGCUCCAGAGGCUGGCGGCCCGCCUGGGUGUGGUGACUGGGAUGCACCUGGCUGAGGUCUGCCGCCUCUACUACCCCAAGCGCCCCCGAAUCUUGCUCUGGCUGACCAUCGAGCUCGCCAUCAUCGGCUCCGACAUGCAAGAGGUGAUCGGCACAGCCAUUGCCAUCAAUUUACUAUCCAGUCAGAGGAUUCCGAUUUGGGGAGGAGUGCUCAUUACCAUUGUGGACACCUUCUUCUUCUUGUUCCUUGAUAAAUAUGGUCUCAGGAAGCUGGAAGCAUUUUUUGUGAUCCUGAUUGGGAUUAUGGCCAUCACCUUCGGAUACGAGUACGUGGUGGUGAAACCAAACCAGGGCAAAGUGGUGAAGGGACUGUUCUACCCAUACUGCGCAGGGUGUGGCAAUAAUGAGCUACUGCAGGCAGUGGGCAUUGUUGGGGCAAUUAUAAUGCCCCAUAAUAUCUACCUCCACUCAGCAUUGGUCAAGUCUCGGAAGGUGGACCAGUCCAAUUCGGCCGCUGUGAGGGAAGCAAAUAUGUACUACUUUAUAGAGUGCUCCAUCGCCCUGUUCAUCUCCCUGCUGAUCAACCUGUUUGUGAUUUCUGUAUUUGGAGCUGCCUUCUAUAAGAAGAGCAACAUGGAUGUGUACCAAGUCUGUGCAAACAGCUCAAGCCCCUACAUCAAUCAGCUGCCCCAGGACAACAGCACCUUGGAGGUGGACAUCUUCAAAGGGGGAGUGGUUCUCGGUUGCUACUUCGGAACACCAGCUCUCUACAUCUGGGCUAUUGGCAUUCUUGCCGCAGGUCAAAGUUCCACCAUGACAGGGACGUAUUCCGGACAGUUUGUAAUGGAGGGCUUCCUCAAUCUGUCCUGGUCCAGGUUUAAACGAGUGGUAUUAACAAGGGCUCUGGCGAUCGUGCCCACAGUGAUCGUGGCAGCUUGUCAGGACGUGUCCAAAGUCUCCAACAUGAAUGAUAUCCUCAAUGUCUUGCAGAGCAUUCUGCUGCCCUUUGCUCUCAUUCCCAUCCUGACAUUCACAAACCUCAGGACACUAAUGCACGAAUUCACAAACGGAAGGCUCAGCCAGUUUGUUGGCGUCUUGAUCACUUUGCUGGUCCUGGCUGUCAAUGCUUACUUUGUCGUGGUCUAUGUCGUUAACCUAGGCAACCUUUACUGGUACAUUGCUGCUGCAAUCAUUCUCAUCUUGUACGUGGUCUUCGUGCUUUACCUGCUGUGGCUGAGCUGUGUGGCAUCCGGAAUAUGUGGCCUGACGUCCGGUCAAGAACAACGUUUCACACAUGAAAUAGUUUCGCACUAAACUUCACAACUCCAAGAUCUGCAGGUUGCUGUUUCAUCUGCAACAGCUUCCUUUCACAUUCUUUCUAUUCUGUUGCACACUGGGUGUUUGUCAGACUUUAUUUAUGUGGAGUUUUUCAUAAAUUCUCAAAAUUAAAAGUUUAAGGUAAAUUGAUUAUCAAAUACAUCACCCUGAGAUUCAUUUUCUUGCAAGCAUCCAUAGUAACUAGAAAGAAACACUACAGAGUCAAUGAAAAACUGUGCACUUCAGAGACGGCCAAACCACCAGUGUGCAAAGACAACGUACUGAAAUAAAUACAAAAGAGAAAGAAAGAAAGAAAGAAAGAAAGAAAGAAAGAAAGAAACAAAUAAAUAAACAAAUAAAUAAAUAAAUGGAUAAAUAAAUGAAUGAAUGAAUGAAUGAAUAAAUGAGCAUCAAAUAUCGAGAACAUGAGUUUCGGAGUCCUUAAAAGUGAAUCCAUAGGUUGUGGGAACAUUUCUGUGAUGGAGUAAGUGAGGAACUGAAAUGUAAUCAGAUUAAGGACACAUGUAAAGAUAAUAAGGUUGUUGUCAUGGAGGAUUCCACCGUCCUUAACUUAAACUGGGACCUCCUUAGUGCAAGGGGUUUAAAUGGGGUGGAGUGUGUUGAGUGUAUCCCGGAAGGUUUCUUAAACAGUCCAACAAGGGGAGGUGGUCAUACUGGACCUGGUGUUGGGUAAUGAGCCUGGCCAGGUGACUGACCUUUCAGUGGGUGAACAGUCAGGGAAUAUGACUACAAUUCCUUAAAUUUCAAGAUAGCUGUAGAUAAUGAUUGGUAUGGUCCUUGUGGGAGAGUUUUAAAUUGGAGUAGGGCAAAUUAGGAGGGCAUUCGGCAGGAACUAUGAAGCAUUACUUGGGAAGACCUUUUUUAUGGCAAGUCCACAUCAGACAUGUGGAGGGUAUUUAAAGAUCA